AUGUUUGUCGGUAAAAGAGAAGAUCCUAUGUUUGUCGGUAAAAGAGAAGAUCCUAUGUUUGUCGGUAAAAGAGAAGAUCCCAUGUUUGUCGGUAAACGAGAGGAAGAUUCUUUGUUUGUUGGCAAACGUGAGCACGUCACAGAAUUACUCAGUAAAGGAGGGUUUAGUGAGACCCAGUUUGGAAAUAGACUUUCCCAAUAUGUUAAUGGUAAGUCAAAGUACAACCCUGGUCUUGUAAGCAAACGAAAAUUGCGCCUUAUGAAUUUAGUUACACACAAUAAAAAUUCUCUAAAAGGCGAUCAGCAAGUAUCUAAUGAUAAACGGGAGUUAGAAUCAGUAACUAUAAAUAAACCUAUUUUUAGAAGAAAAGAAGAUGAAUCUUCAGCAGAUAAAAUUUCACGUUUGCGGUCAAAUUUUUUUCAUGGGAUUAAGCGAUAUUCAGGGCCUUCUUUUGUAAGUAAAACAAUUAAAUAUCCCCUAGUAGAUAGUGAACGAAAUCGAUAUACCUUGUUAUCAGCUAAACGAGAUGAGGAUCCCUUAUUUGUCGGUAAACGAAUUGUGGGAAGGAAUUACUUAAUUGCUAAUCGUAAGUUUGCUGCUAAAAGGCGCCAAAAGUUUAAACGUACGGCAGCAAAACCUUCUAAUACGAUUUCUCUACAUAAACGGAACUUCAGCCAUACAAUGUUAGUGAAACGGUAUUUAGGAAUUCAAGAUCCAUCGUCCCUAGUCAUAGAGUUGCCUAAUGCCCAUAAUCCCUCAAAUUCAGUUAAGCCCUCUAAGAAAUUAUCUAAAAAAAGUCUUCAUAUGCCGUUAAAUGUUUUAUAUGCUUUACCGAUGAAAAGUGAUAGCUUUAAUAAUUUUAAAGACACAAAUAGAACUGAUUAUGGAGAACAGAUUUCACUAGGGUCGAGUAAAACCGAUCUCACAUCCAAAGUGAUAUCGCGAAGAUCUUCGUCACAACCCUCUUCAAAUAAGUUCAAAGAAGGAAAAAUUAACGCUGUCCGAGUUAAUAAAGGAAAAAUCGAGAACCCGUACGAAAAACAUGCUGACACAUUGUCACAUUCUGGUGAUGCCAUUGAGAAUUCUCAAAGAUUAAUGAGUUCAACAGCGAAAGAAGACAAUCAUGGUGAUAAAACUGAUCUGAGAGACGUUGAAAUUCCAGUGCGAUGAAAACUGCAUCAUCAAAAUGAAUUUCACAGUGAUUAGCCCUGGUCGAUCCAAUGCAGGUUAAAAUAACACACAUACACACACAGAAGAAAGCAAGCAAGAGACAUUAUUUGUGUCGAAGAGGAACAUCCAAGCACUGAAUUCAUUUCUUCGUGAUGAUCUUCAACCAUUUUAACUACAUUUUCUACGAAGAGAAUCGUGGAAAAUUUAACCUACACCGUUUACUGUUCAUUUUAGAGAACUAUCCAUUUACCUAUCGAUCUAUCAAUCAGACGUUUAUUCUAAUUAACUUAGAUACUGAGACUAGAAUGCAGCAAUGACACGAACAACUGCAACAACAUAUACAAUGAUAUAUAUACAUAUAUAUAAAGAACAGAGACAUUUAAAGGGGAAGAAACUGCAAAGAACGAAGGGGAGGUAAUUUCUGGAAACGAAUUUUAAAGAGGAAAACAGAUUUAAAAAAAACACGGGAAUAAAAUCUUAUUCGCAAAACAUAAAACGUGUUGCGCGAAAGCAAAAAGAAAAAGGAAGAAAAGAUUUAUACUUUGUUUAUAACACAGACGUGUUUUUUAAUUUCAACUCCUUCUCUUCUCUUUCCUUCUCUCUCCUGGUCUCUCUGUCUGAAAACCCAUCUUAUAUAUAUAUAUAUAUAUAUAUAUAUAUAAUAUAUAUAAUAUAUAAUAUAUAAUAUAAUAUAUAUAUAUAUUUAAUACAAGUUUACAUAUAUAUAUAUAUGUAUUUACACAUGUAUAUAGCACACUGAUACGUAGGUAUACAUACAUAUAUACGUGCACAUACAUAAACACACACAUAUAUAUAUAUAUAUAUUACAUUCAUACAUAUAUAGACACACACGCACACACGCAUAUAUAUGUAAAUAUAUACGUACAUAGAAACGCAUAUACAUUGACUCGUUAACAACAGCAAAUAGAGUUCACUAAAGAAAUUAAUUUAAUUAAUUCUUUUAAUGCUUAAUGAACUCUGAGUCUUAGACAGAGUUUACAGACAAAAAUACAAAAACAAAACAGCAAUAGCAAGAAUAAUAAUAACAAUAAUAUUAAUAAAUAGAAUAUAAAUACUAGCUGACUUCAUCAAUAUUACAUAUAUUAUUAUUAUCAAUAUUAUUAUUAUUAUUAUUGUUGUUGUUAUUGUUAUUAUCAUCAUCACUAUUUUGUUUUAAUCUUUUUCUCAUAAGCCAACCCCCAGCCCGUCACCCCACUCAACUCCCCAAAACAUUAAAAUACCUUGAAUAUGAAUAGGAAUUCCAACAUCACGAAGUAAAUUAACCCAAACUUUACAGGAAAAACAAAAGAAAAGAAAUAUAAAUGUAUCUAUAUAUAAAGAAAAGGACAGGAAUAUUUAAACUUAUAUUUAAAGAAAAAAACAAUAAAAAAAGAGGAAACGAUGUGAAAUCGAACCGAAACGACAAAAAAAAUUGAACAAUUUGUUUAUUGGCUGGAUGUUUCUGAUUCUUCAAAACAUUAAAAUAUGUACUCUGGGAUAUAAAAUCGUAUAUUUCAUCUUUC